AUGGAUACUGAUUCAUUAAUAAAUAGAAUUUGUAGAUUAGAAACUUUAAAUGAACAACUAACAAAAGAACGAGAUACUUUACUUCAAGAAUUAACAACACUUCGUUCAAAUGAGAAUCUAGAAAAUCUUAGGCUUCAAAUAGAACUUUUAAAACGAGAAAAUAAUGAUUUAAAAAACAAAACAAUCCACUCUUCUUCUUCUAAUCUUUCAUCUAAUGAAUCAGUUACUUUUUUAAUUAACUCUGCGAUGGAUACUAACCACUCUUUCUCAAGUGAAAAGUUAUUGGAUGAUGAAAAUAUUAUUAGGUAUGAUGCUAUUCAAGACUUUUUAUUUUAUUCCUUAAAAAGUUCACUAGAAAGACAAAUCAAUGAAAUUUCAACUUCAUUAAAUACUUACUGUGAGCCAAACCAAACUAAAUCUAGUUCACUAAAAAACCAAUCAGGAUUAAAGCUUCAAGAAAUCUUAUCAGAAAAAAAAACAAAACUUCAAAUAUUAGAAAGUUUCAUUAAAAAGAAUCAAAAAAAGUCUAUUUCUUCAUGGAGUUCUAAUGAUAUUUCUUCUUGUAACACAGAAAAUAAGGUUCAAAAAAAAGAAGAUGACCUAGCAAAAGAAAAAGAAAUAGAACUUACCAUAAGUGAAAAAAAAUUAAUGAUUAAUGGAAUAGUUACAGCAUUAAAAAUGGCCAAUAUUAGAUAUGAAACUGUUGACAUAAAUCCAGGAGAUCUUUUAACGAUAUUAAAUGAAGAAAAAAUCAGAUUUGAUAAGUGGGCAGAAAGGAUUCAAGUAGAGUUGUCAAAUCUUGUCAGAUAUUAA